AUGGGAGACGCCAGUCAAGCAAUCGAGAUGCCCCAACGCCAAUACGCUCGCCUCUCUCCCUCGGGAAUCAGCGUGAUCAUAGUCGCGCCGGCUUCGGUGGCCUCUGCGCCGCCAUCGAAUGUGAUCGAAAAGGCCAUCAUCUUUGCCUCCAACUCAGGCCGGAUCUUCGAGAGGUGGGAAGGUGUGGUGGAAGACUUGGAUCCCAUCAUUCACAAAUCCGAGGGUCUCAACUUCCACACAUGGGAUGGCGAGUUUCUUACCAGGCAGGUAUGGGAUUCUGAGAAGACUUAUGGGCGGAAAAUCAAUGGUCAUCGGGCGGAGAUCCACGAGAAGGUGUAUCUUCAUGCCAAAGCGAGGGGAAUUGAUAUCCGCUUUGGGCAGACCGUUACUGAUUACUUUGAGACGGAUGACGAGGCGGGAGUGGUAUGUAACGGGGAGAGGUUGACAGCAGACUGCGUUGUGUCCGCAGAGGGCGUCAAGAGCAAAGGCAGGAAGAUCGUCUUGGGCUUCGAGGACCGACCAAAGCCAUCAGGCUAUGCUGUCUAUCGAGCAUGGAUGAAGACGGAUGAGCUCGCAAAGAAGUCAUCGACGAAGUGGUUCUGCCACGGCGAUACCCACAAUGGGUGGAUGGGCGAGGACAAGCAUUUCCUCGUGGCGUCGAUUAAGGGCGGGUCCGAACUGUCUUGGGUGUUGACGCACAAGGAUGAUGGCGACAUCGACGAGGACUGGACGUUUCCUGGAAAGAAGGAGGAUGUGAUCAAGAACAUCGCAUCCUGGGAUCCAGCUCUGCACGACCUCGUUAAUGCUACACCGCCAGACAAAUUGCACGAUUACAAGCUCGUCUUCCGGGAUCCUCUGCCGACAUUCAUAUCGCCUAAAGCACGGAUAGCGCUGAUCGGAGAUGCAGCUCACCCUUUCCUACCAACAUCAAUCCAAGGCGCCAGCCAAAGCAUGGAAGACGGAGUAGCAUUAGCCAUCACUCUAGAGCGAAGCGGCAAAGGAAAAGUCCAGCAGGCGAUCCGAGCAUAUGAAACCAUUCGAUACGAGAGAGUACAUCGCGCACAAAUGACAGGCGUGUCGACGCGGGAACAGUGGCACAAGGCGGACUGGGAGAAGAUACGAAGCAAUCCGAAGUCGUUGCAUCUGAAGCGGGAGUCUUGGCUGCUAGACUUUGACCAGGAGGCCCAUACGUAUGCAGUUUUCGAUGAGACGGUUGCUAAGCUCAAUGCUGAAGAAGCGGCGAGGCAAGCGGAUAGUAGCGCGCCUGCGCCUGCCGUUGAGGCACCUGCGAUAUCUGCAGCUCCCGCGAUCGCACAAACAGAGCUGGUUGGCAUGGGCCAGGCCUGA